AUGGCCAAGCAUUUAGCUCUCGUUUUCUCUCUCUGCUUUAUUGUUCUCUUCCACGGCUGCUUAGCCAGUCGCCAACAAUCUCAGUUCAGCCAGCAAAAUGAGUGCCAGCUGAACCAGAUCCAAGCCCGCGAGCCCGACAACCGCAUUGAGUGCGAAGCAGGUCGGAUCGAGUCCUGGGACUACAACCAGGAUGACUUCCAGUGCGCUGGUGUCGCCGUUCAGAGAAUCACCAUUGAGAGCAACGGCCUUCACUUGCCAUCUUACACUAACACCCCACGACUAGUUUACGUCGUCCAAGGUUGGGGUCAUGUAGGAAUGGUGCUCCCUGGCUGUCCCGAGACUUUUGAAGAAUCGGAGCAAUCUGAUGAGGAACAACAGGGCCAGGAACAACAAGGGCAAGGCCAACGAGGCCGCCAGCAACAGGGACGCCGACAGGGACAACAAGAGAGCUUUGAGCAGCUAGACCGUCACCAGAGGGUCCGACGCGUCAAGGAAGGUGAUGUCAUUGCCGUCCCCGCUGGAGUCACCUGCUGGACUCACAACCACGGUAACCAACCUCUUGUUUUUGUCAGUCUUUUUGAUAUGAGCAACAAGCGCAACCAGCUUGACCAAAACCCAAGGAAAUUCUAUCUUGCUGGUAACCCACAAGAUGAGUUCAACCAACAAGGCCAAAGCCAAUGGGGACAACAAGGACAACAAGGCCGUGGACAACAAGGAAGGACCAGGCGCCAACAGCAGGGAAACAACAACAACAACAUCUUUGCCGGCUUCGACACACAGCUCCUCGCCGACGCUCUCAACAUCGACCAACAGACCGCCCAGCGGCUCCAGGGACAGAACGACAACAGGCCACAGAUUGUUAGGGUUCAGGGACGUUUCGACUUUGUCGAGCCACCACGAUCACAGAGGGAGGAAAGACAAAUGCAGGGACAAAAAGGACAGUAUGAACAGAAUGGCAUGGAGGAGCUCUUCUGUCACAUGAAGAUGAAACAGAACAUUGGCAAACCUAAAAUGGCCGACGUCUACAGCCCGCAAGCCGGUCGCAUCAGCACCCUCAACAGCUUCAGCAUGCCUAUUCUCAGGCGCCUCCGCCUCAGUGCCGAGAGAGGCUUCUUCUACAACAACGCUAUCUACAGCCCACACUGGAACUUGAACGCCCAUGAAGUCUACUACGUCAUCAGGGGCAGCGCUAGGGUUCAGGUGGUGAACGACAAUGGCGAGACCAUCUUGGACGACCAGGUCCGGCAGGGACAGCUCUUCAUCGUGCCACAGAACCACGCCGUGUUGCAAAAGGCCAUGAGCAACGGAUACGAGUACAUUGCCUUCAAGACCGAUGACAAUGCCAUGAUGAACACCAUGGCUGGCAGGACCUCCGUCCUGCGGGCACUCCCCGACGUGGUCCUCGCCAACGCCUACCAGAUGGACCGUGAGCAGGCAAGGAACCUCAAGUACAACAGGCAGGAGACCGUUGCUUUGAGCUCCUCAAGGUCUUCCCGGUCCCAGAGGAACUGGUGGCCUCUUGAUGCUUAAAUGAAUAUGAUGAUCGAAAAGUAAAAUAUG